CGGAAACUGUGUGGUAAUAAAACUUUUUGCCGGGAUUGCCUUUGUUCGCGCUAAAGUUAAAGACAUUAAAUCCUAUGCAGCCAGGGAUUUUACAAGCAGAGGAAUGUUAAUGUGGACUCUUAUGUAAAGCUCUGUAGACAGCUGUUUAAAGAAAAAAACCCAUUAUAGAUUUAACUGGGUACUUGUUUACAUGGAGGAAGAUUAAUAAGGAGUGCAUAUUGUGUUGAAACCUUUGGAUAUACAUCUGCAGAUGUGUGCAUUCACUAGCUGAUCUGAUUGCAAACAGCAGGUGAGUGCAAGAAGCUCUACCAUGGCAUCGAAGAGAGUAAACAGUUACCUGAGAAAUAUAAUAACAGUGUUGUGGCUUGUUCAUGAAAUCACAAGUAUGCACAUCGAACACACUUUUACUCUCUUCACCAACGAUCAAUCUGACCCAUCAUUUGAAAAACCAGUGAUCGACAUGGAGAAUGGCCAAGUCAUUCUUGGAGCCAAAAACCGAGUGUAUAAACUGUCUCCACAACUCAAACUCCUACAGCAGCAUAAUAUAGGACCACGGGUACCAAAGGGACAAAAUAGUUCAGUUAAUGUAUUUGUGAAAGGUUUAGUAUUAAACAAGGAGGACUCUAGUCUCAUUAUUUGUACCACCAUUCCACAAGGUUCAUGCCAGGUUGUGUCACUAGACAACAUAGUGCAAGUGAAGACACCUUAUAAUCAAUCUGUGGUUUCCAAUGACCCUACAUCACCCAAUGUAUUAUUUUUAGGACCAGGAAUUAACAAUCAAACUGCACUCUAUGUGGCUAGUUGGUAUGGAGUGCAGUACAGCCCCCAGGCCACAAAGUUUCUUACUCAAGCAGUUCCCCUCAUCAGCAGUAGAAAUCCUCACACAUUAGAAUUGACAACCUCUCCCUCUGGUGAUCAAUCCUCUGUGUAUACAAGGGAGAGCAAUGAAACAGACCCCCAUCUUAGAUUUAUUUACGGAUUUUCCUAUGGAAAUUUUGUGUACUUUAUCUCUAGGUACAAUGGAAAGGAAUCUCGAAUCAUGCGACUUUGUAAGUCAAAUUUGAGUAUUGACACUUACGUAGACAUACCAGUGGUGUGUGGCAAGAAUGAUCUCUCUGCUGUGCAGAGUGCCGAUUUUCAGGAGAGCAGUGGCGACUUGUAUAUGGUGUUCAGAAAACUACGAGAACAGGAAAGACAUCUAGGAUUGGUGUCUAGCGUGAUCUGUCGGUAUAAAAUGUCAGAUGUCGAGAGAAAGUUUAAUCAGGUUGUGGAUGAUUGUCAUAGAGGCCAGGGUCAACUAGGUCCCCACUACAUCCACGAAAAAGUUAGCUGUCCUUCAACUGCUGGAAAGACAGCUGACCCAUACUGCUCCAAGGUUCCAGGAGGGUUUGCUUCUAUCGGAGGUGUCCAGCCGAUUCUGAGAGGAAGCAUUAUACGACUGAAGAAUGUUUACCUGUCUUCUAUAACUGUCAUUGCUCAAAGGUCCUACACUGCUAUCAUUGUCAGCUCAGGGGAUGGUUUAUUACGCAAAUACAUAAAGUCUGGAUCCAGCAUUACUGAAGUGGAUGAACUCGACAUUCAUGACAUAAAAGAGGGCAUGUCAAUGCCUGUUAGCCCUGAUAAAAAGUCAAUCUAUGUAGUCACUAGGGACAAGCUAGUGAAGGUGGGGAUUUCUCAUUGUGAACAAAGGACUACCUGCCAGAAAUGUGUCAUGACCUUUGACCCUGUGUGUGGGUGGUGCAACAUGGACAACAGAUGCACAGAGAAGGAAGAUUGUCAGAGUUCACUAAUUGUACCUCCGUGGUUGUCAUCAGCUAAACGGGAGAACUGUGCUACGAUGUCAGACAUACAACCCUCCAUCCUCAAUUAUGAAAAUAUCAGUAGAAACCAACACCAGCAUCAAGUCAGCUUUAAGCUUUCGGAUGUCACUCUCACUAGUGGGAGGGGCAACCUUCAGUGUGCCUUUACUGCCAUGUCAAUCACUGCCCAUACUCCCGCUUCACUGGAUAAUGAUGUGAUCACAUGUCUCUUGCCCAGUAACAAGUCUUUAGGGUUAAAACCAAGGGGUAAGGAUCACCAUGACCUUGAGGUAGAAUUUCAUGUGGAAGGUCACGCCCUUGUUAAAAGAAGUGUAUCUGUAUUUGACUGCACAUUUCACAAAACAUGUACAGACUGCAGCAAAAGUUCAUUCAACUGUUCUUGGCAUUAUCAGACUCAUUCCUGUACAACUCUAUCAUUAGUGUCCUUGAAACCAUCUGUGCAGGACCCUGGUACUACGAGCAUGGACAGCUGUCCUCGUGUGGAGAUCCCUGCAUCACAGAGCACCGACAUCAUCGUCCACUCUGGGGAUUCCCCUCAGCUGGUGGUCAAGCUGGUCAAUAUGAAGGCUGGUCAGACAGAUGAGAUGUGGUGUAGAUUUAGGUAUUUAGACAAGAAUAUUGUUGUUCCUGGGAAAGAGGAGUCCAACAGCCUCACAUGUCAAAAGGUCAAGUUCGAGUACUCGCAGGAGACAUCCAAUGUUGAUGCCACGUUUGAAGUUUUGUGGGGACCAAACAAAUAUCCUCUGGACAUGCCCCGAAACACCACAGUCCGGAUAUACAAGUGUACACAAAUGGUGACAAAUUGUGGGCUGUGUUUGACGAUGGACUCUAAAUACAAUUGUGGAUGGUGUAACGGAACAAACAGGUGCACUCGCAGUCAAGAGUGUCAAGAACAAUGGCUCGACAGAGACGAUACCUGUCCCAAUCCAAAAAUAUUCAGGUUUGAGCCUUCUAUGGGACCUGUGCUUGGGAGAACAAAUAUCACUGUGAGUGGAAUCAACCUCGGGAAAUCGUACAUGGACAUCAAGGGUGGGGUCAAGGUGGCUGGGGUCAACUGUAUGGUACACCCCGAUCAUUUCGAGUCCUCACAAGGAUUUAAGUGUCUGACAGACAAAGUUGAUGCUCCACUAAAUGGAACAAUCACAGUGGAAGUGGAUAAACUGUAUAACACAGAGUCAGACAGUGUCUUCAGCUUUGUGAUUCCAAAAGUGAUUGGUAUGAACCCAAACAAAGGCCCCCAGUCUGGAGGAACCUUACUGAGGAUAUUUGGAGGAAACAUGGAAAUAGGGUCCCUAAUAACUGUGGAUGUAGCCGGGAGUCCUUGUAAAGUUACACAGGUGAUGGCAGAUGAAAUUGAAUGUAAGACGUCUAAGUCUGUAAAUGGAGUAGGAGAAAGAGAAGUAGAGUUGGACUUUGGAGGAUUUAAACGACUCCUAACAGACAAGUUCAUGUAUACUGAGGACCCCGAAAUUACUUACAUAUCUCGUUAUAACAGUACUGUCAGUGGAGGUGUGUAUGUACAAGUCUGUGGAAAGCGUCUAAACCUCAUACAAAAAAGACUGAUAUUUCUGGAGGGACAUGAAGAUUCAGCUGUGAAAUGUGCAGACGAGUUGAGUAAACUAAAGUGCUUGAAGUGCCCCACUCCCCGACUCCCCCUCUCUUCUGGGGAGAUGAUCUCAGCUGACCAGCCUAGACUUGUACACUAUGGACUAAUACUGGACAAUGUAGAAAAGUGGAAAAAUGUGUCCCAUAGUUCUCCAUUCCAUCCAUUCUUCUACUAUCCUGAUCCUGUGUUGGAGAAACUGCCAGAAAAAGUCAAUUAUAUGAAGGGAAAAUCUCUAGUCAUCAAGGGAUCUUCAAUGUCUUCCAUUCAGCCUCAUCAUGAUCUUAGGGUAUUGGUUGGUACUGAGCAGUGUACCAACAUCCAGGUGUCCUCAGAUAAUAUCACCUGUAUCCCACCUGAGCAACCAGAAGGAAUGAGACAUGGAAGGGCCAGAGUCAUUAUAGAAGUUGGGAACUUUCAUGAAGAUGUUGGCUACUUAACCUACACAGAUCCAGAAAACCCGAAUUCGUCGGAGAAACCAAUUGCCAUGGGGAUCAUUCUUGGAGUGGUGAUUCCAAUGAUUGCAAUCAUUGCUCUUUUGACAAUUUGUAUUAUACGACGUCAGCGAAAGAACAAGCCACCAGAUGGCGCUAUACCAGAACUUCUCAAGGACCAUGAGCAGGAUGAAGAAGAGGAGAUAGGAAUGAAUAGCAUGUCUGUUAAAGCUGACAUGAAUGGACAAAUAGCCAAUGGAGAUUCUGGUCCAUACAUAAGCGAGCUGUUGGGACGGAUUGAAGAUGAAGCAAUCCGACAAAAUGUCAGUGAUUUCCUCAUUCCUAGAAGUAAACUCAGCAUAGGGAAUCUCAUUGGAAAAGGGAGCUAUGGUAACACAUCUCAGGGACAAUAUAAAAACUGUAAAGGAGCCGACUCAGAGGAAAAGAGUAACACAGUCGCUGUCAAGUCUUUACAAGGCUGUUCCACGGAUAAUGAGACUAUUGAUGGUUUCUUGAAGCAGUGUGCUAAGUUGAAGGAUCUACAACACCCCAAUGUGUUGACUAUGUCAGGAGUCUGUUUAUCUGCCUCAGAGCCUCCAUUAAUAGUGCAACCUUACCUACAGAGGGGAGAUCUCAAAAACUUCAUAAAAGACACAUCAAAGAAUCUGACAUUAGUAGAAUUAUUAGAGAUAGCACAUCAGGUGUGUGAGGCCAUGUCUUAUCUAGAAGAAGUUCACGUCAUCCACGGGAAUCUCGCAGCCCGUAACUGUCUGAUGACAGAUGAAAAAGUAGUGAAGUUAUCUGACUAUUCCAUUGCUCCAUUGUAUCCAGGAGAAUUCUAUCUCUCUAAUGACAAUGUCUCUAUCACAAAAUGGUGGGCACCAGAAAUUUUAGACAUGGAGAAGGGAACCACUCCAGCAUUCAGCCAUAAAACAGAUUGUUGGUCUUAUGGAAUUGUUCUGUGGGAGUUGAUGACAAGGGGAGUAACUCCUUAUCCUGAUGUAGAGACGGAAAACCUUAAGACAUAUUUGACUGGAGGACAUCGGUUAAAGAAACCACGGCAGUGUCCAGAAGCCAUUUAUCUGCUGAUGUUGAAAUGCUGGACGGACGUUCCCUCAGAUCGUCCCACAUUCCAGGAGAUCAGCGGAGAAAUCAAACAUUUCACAUCGGCCGAGGAAUCUAGUGAUGUCUCACAGCCUCUACAGACCAAAAUAGAACCUGGGGGGUCCCAGGAGUACCUGGGGGUGAUGGGCUGAAGAAAUGGAGAUGAUAUUUUGUCAGGCUUUUGGAGGGCAGGGAUAUGAGUGUUCAUUUUGUGGAGAUGAUAUUUUGUUGACUAUGUUCAAAUCAACAAGAAGUUGUACAUUGGCUUAGGACAUUGUACAAUCAAUUUGAAUGGAAAAUGAACCUUAUAUACAAAGACUGUGUAGUGGUAGGCUUAUCUGCUAUUUUUUUAGCUUGCUUUGUCAAAAAAAACCUUGAAAAGAUUUAGUUCUCCUUAGAAAAUACUUUUAUACAUUAUAAAAUUAUUAUUAAAAAAUCUAGAUUAGUCAUUGAAUUCAUCUUUUGUUUUCCUCAAUCAGAAAACAUCAAAUCUCAACAUUGUGUUCCUACUUAAUUAAUUAUCUGUUUUUAUAUAUUACAAAACAUUGAGUUGGUGGAAUGUGUAACAGUUUUAUGAGGGACCAUCAAUUUGGAUUAAUGAAAAGAUUAAUCUAAGACAACUCAUUUAGUCAUCAAAACGUGAUAUUUGAAUGAUUCUGGUAGAAUGUCUCCAUUUGAUUGUCAAGUUUUUGAGUGCCAAAUAUUCUGAAGAACCAUUGUCUAUAUAUACAAAUAUCUGAGAGAAGCAAUGGUGAAGUGAAUAUUAUACCUUCAUUUUUUACUCAUUUUAUGUGCAAUUUUGUAGUGUAUGAAUACAUGCAUGACAUUAGUAUACAAAUACAUGCAUGACAUAUGGCAAAAAAUCUGAUAUUUGGUGCAUAUCAACUUUUUGUAGUCAUUAUUAUUUAUUGUGUUUUUACAUCAUGCUCUUUUGCAUAGUGCCAUAUUUUUAUCUUUAUGUCAAACUUGUGUGUUUAUACUCCAAGAAAUAUAUAUUAUUAUAACAGUAACUUGAUUGGAAGAGCCGUAUCACGUCAAGUUGACAGGCGCGGAUCAUCAGAUCAAACGAGACGCGAAGCGUCGAGUUUGAUCUGAUGAUCCGCCCCUGUCAACGAGACGUGAUACGGCUCUUCGGAUCAAGUUACUGUUAUAAUGAUAAAUUUAUUAUAUACCCCUUUACAACUAGCAAAAUGUAAUAAAAGGUAACUUUUUGGAUAAAUUACAUAACUUUUAUACAUUAAACAAACCAUUUUUUCAAGGAACUUUUUGAAGCGCGAGAAUAAAAACGUCAUUUAUCUGUGUACUACGUCAUCAGUUUCAGAAAGGGGUGAUAUGGAUUCAGAAAACCACAGUGUGGUGAUCCGGAACGUCGGAUCACACCAUCAUAAAUUGCAUAAAUUCAACAGUAAAACUGAGUGACAAACAGUUGGGUAUAUAAUAAAUACAUGCAUCAGUACUGCAUAUCCUGAUACUGAUGUCAACACACCUUUGGUCAUUGAAAACGUGCUGAACACGUUGUGUGUGCUACAAAUAAGUUUUAUUUUUUUUAAAGUGACAAUACAUUUUUUGUACUAUUUUACUUCUAAAUCAAAAAUAAACCUACAUUUUCUAUGUUAUCAAAGUGCUUGCUAAAGACUGUCAAUUUGUUGCAUGUACCUAAAUGUUUCCUUGGCUCUGGCUUUUAACUUACUUGUAGAUAAUGACAUUUCUUUUCAAUUUACAACUUACAGAUGUUCAGCUGAAAUGGACUUUUCUGUGUUUACAUUAUAUACAUGUUUUUCUGUGUAUGAUAUUUCAUUAUUCAAUGCAUUCAUAUUUAAAUUAUUUUUGUAUCAGGCACUGUACUCUUUUUUUUUUUUUAAAAUCAAAUAUAUUUGUCUAUAUUAAUCCAUAUUGAUACUUCCUUACCGUUUUUAUGUCAGAUUUGAUACAUAAAAUUUAUCUAAUAUCUUGCCUCAUUCUAAACUUAAUUAUCACAUAUGACUGAAAUUGAUUAUUUUUUGGGUUCACAGAAAGACUGAAAGAGUUAUGUAUUUCAUAUUUUUCAUGAUAUGCAAAGCCAAUAUAAGUAUUUUAAACACUUAUUGUAGUGUCAAGAAGGUUGUAUAUUGUUACAUAUGUAAAGAUAUUUGGGAGAGAAAACUUAUUUUGUACAAUUAUUUUUUUUAGUUUGUACUGGCUUCAGAUGCACAGCUUUAUACAUAUAUAUACUGUAUAUUAAAUCAUUGGUUUUUCUUUUUGAUAUCAAAAAGAGAGUGACAGUGUUUUUAAGUCCCAAUAUGAUACAAAGAUGUAUAGACUGAAAAUAGCUUAGCUUUUGCAUUUUUAUUUUGCUGAUAAUAUGUUUUUAAGCAUUGAGGCAUUUUACAUGUGUAUUGUUGCUUAUAUUGUAUACAUAUCUUAAAUAAAUUUUGUCCAUGAAAAAUGUU